UGAAUGCAGCAUCAGUCAGGAACAUGCGUGUACGUGAACGUGCGCCGUGGUCCUCUGCUAGGAAAGAUGGCGGCCUCUGCGUUCCGCCGAGGUUUGUGGAGCACCGUCAGUAGAUACAACAGGAAACACACGCACAGAAUACUGAGUGUCGCCGACGGCAGCGGCGGGCUCGAGGCGUACCGACAGCGGCUGCAGUGUCGCGCCUGCGGACUGCCCGCGCCGCAGCGGAGGUUCAUCUCGUCACGGAACAGGCCAGAAGGGAAGAUUUUGGAGACAGUGGGAGUGUUUGAGGCUGUGAAGCAACACGGCAAAUAUGAAACAGGACAACUGUUUCUCCACAGUGUGUUUGGCUACAGAGGCAUCGUCUUGUUUCCCUGGCACGCCCGACUCUAUGACAGAGACAUCACCCCUCCUAUGUCUGAAAGCAAACCUGAUCCCCCAGGAGCCCACGGUUCCAAGGAGGUGAAGGGGAAGACUCACACCUACUACCAAGUCUUGAUUGACACCAGGGACUGCCCUCACAUAUCUCAGAGGUCUCAGACGGAGGCCGUAACGUUUCUGGCCAACCAUGACGACAGCAGAGCUCUGUACGCCAUCCCAGGACUGGACUAUGUGAGCCACGAAGACAUCCUGCCCUAUAACUCCGCAGAGCAGCUCCCCAUCCAGCAUGAGCUGUUCGAGCGCUUCCUCAUGUACAAUCCUGCAAAAACUCCUCCGUUCACACCCAGGGACACCCUGAAGGCAUGGCAGGAGAAAAACCACCCCUGGCUGGAGCUGUCCGACGUCCACAGGGAGACCACCGAGAACAUCCGAGUCACCGUCAUCCCCUUCUACAUGGGCAUGAGGGAGGCCCAGAACUCCAAUGUUUACUGGUGGCGAUAUUGUAUCCGCCUGGAGAACAUGGGCAGUGAGGUGGUUCAGCUCAGAGAAAGGCACUGGAGGAUCUUCAGCCUGUCAGGAACCCUGGAGACGGUCCGAGGACGAGGCGUCGUGGGCAGGGAGCCGGUGUUGUCUAAAGAGCAGCCAGCCUUUCAGUACAGCAGCCACGUGUCUCUACAAGCCCCCAGCGGUCACAUGUGGGGGACAUUUCGCAUUGAGAGGACCGACGGCUCCCACUUUGACGUUCGCAUUCCUCCUUUCUCCCUGGAGAGCAACAAAGAUGACAAAGCUCCCCCCGCUGGCUACACAUUCUAACUGCGAGUAGUCGCAUGUGAAGACCAGACACGCCGUUAGUCCUGGACACUCUAUAACAUUGCCUCAGCCAUCAGCAUAAGACUAGCGUGAGAGUCGGGUGAUGCAAAGGGAAAAUGUGUUUUCUAGAUCUUCCAAAUGCAGGCCCACCUCUGUUUUUUUUCUUCUGUCAGAGUGCAUCCGACAGCAGCAUGUCGUUGAUUAAAUCGUAUAGGGUAGAAAAUCGAUGUGCUUUCACUACAUGUCGUGGGGUGGAAGAGAACUGGGAAGCAGAGAGAUGGAGACAAUGUUGGAUACUUCAAAUCGUACGUAAAGCAGUUUUUCCUCAUUAAUUCUGUAGACUGAGACUAGGUGACCUCAGUCAAAUUUGUCCUGCCACAGUUUCCUUAUGAUCCAAACCAUUUUUACACUUCUCAUAAUAACAUAAGAUCUCUAACUAUGUUUUUUUGCCAUUGCUCCAUUGUAGAACAUCCCUCUCUGCCCUGCUCUCUCUCUUUCUUUCUCUGUCUCACAUAGUCGGACUGGCCAAGCUUUUACCGUCCUCGAACUUCACAUAACAUUUCAUAACCUACCGUAAUUGCAUUGAUCUUGUUGGGAUUUAUAAAAAACAUUACACAUGACUUCUCUCUUUUUUUCCCUGUCAUGUUUUCUAAGCAUCACACUAUCCUAUCGCACAUUUACACCUGAAAUCUGAAUUCUGACCUUGUUAUGGCGCAGAAGUGUCUAUGUCUGACAACACCAGCGUGAUACUGAACCAGGGCUGAACGAUUAAUUGCAUUUGCGAUAAUAUCGCGAUAUGUAAGAGCGAUUUUCUAACCGCAGGGGACGCGAUUGCACGGGUUACGUGAUACGCGAGCGAGUGGAGCACUCGGUUCCAAAACAAGCAUGAGUCACGUUGCACUAACCUGCUGAAAUCCCCAAAUCGUUCAGCCUUAUCCUGAACAGAAAAAAAGACUCUUAUAUUUCAAAGUGAAAUCAGAACUCAAAUGAUCUUGAGUAAAAAAAAAAUAAAAAUAUGAAAGCUCUUUACCAGCGUCAGCGUAGUGUAACCUUUGGCAGAAGUAUCAGCCUGUGAGUCUGUGUACAGAGAUCUGUAUGAGCUUAAACACAGUCCUUACACUCUGGAUUCAAUGAAUCCAUUCAAAACACGUGUUGCUGUUUUGAAGUAGCAGCUCCAUGCUUAUUUAUUCAAGUUGAGUUCAAUUGCAUUGAACGUGGGACAUUAGCUGAUGUGAGGCGUCCAUGUUUGUUUCUCUUUCAGUGAGGCCCACGUCAGUGUGUCACAGUUAAAGAAGUGAGUGCACCAUCGAUACGUUUAAUUGUUUUUUUGUACUUAUUUUGGAUCAGUUUUUAAAUGGGGAUCUGGUUCCUCUUUGACAUUAGAGUUUUAUGUUCUUGGUCAGUGCUUCUAAUUUCACCAAGCUGAAUACUUCACAGCAAACAGAAAGUCCUUCCUUUCCUUGAAACCAGGUGAAGGUCAGGUUUUCCUUGUCCUUGAAUAACAAAUGCAGUAUUCCACAAAGUAAUACAACCAAGCAGUUGGGAGCCAGCGCUGAGGCUAACAGGAGUGUGUGUGUGAGUUUGAGAGCGUGACAUGUAUACCUUCCUCUCUGCAGUCUGCUCAGUACACAUGAGCUGGAAUGUCCUUUGUUGAGGCCGAGAGGAAAAUGUUUUGAGCCUAAAAAUCCUCAGAGGGGAAAUGUGUGAACGGAGAAUAAUCUUUUCGCUUUGAUAAGUGAUUUGAGGGGUCUAAAAUGGUUGAAACACAACUGUAAAUAGAGAUGUAAUUAAAGGCAAAGCGAAUAAAUAUACCUUUUUGAAAAACA